AUGACACAAGUUCACAAAAAUGUUAGUUGUCUGUAUGUGCUUGGAGUGAAGGCAGGUCUCAAGGUGGGCGUAGUAUCUGACGAGAUAAAAGCUUAUCUCUUAGAUACGGACGACUUGAGGCGCUCGAACAACACACAUCCCACCUCCAAAAGAACAAAACACAUCCCACCUCCAAAAGAACAAAACACAUCCCACCUCCAAAAGAACAAAACACAUCCCACCUCCAAAAGAACAAAACACAUCCCACCUCCAAAAGAACAAAACACCUCCCACCUCCAGAAAGAACAAAACACCUCCCACCUCCAGAAAGAACAAAACACCUCCCACCUCCAGAAAGAACAAAACACCUCCCACCUCCAGAAAGAACAAAACACCUCCCACCUCCAGAAAGAACAAAACACCUCCCACCUCCAGAAAGAACAAAACACCUCCCACCUCCAAAAGAACAAAACACCUCCCACCUCCAAAAGAACAAAACACCUCCCACCUCCAAAAGAACAAAACACCUCCCACCUCCAGAAAGAACAAAACACCUCCCACCUCCAGAAAGAACAAAACACCUCCCACCUCCAAAAGAACAAAACACCUCCCACCUCCAAAAGAACAAAACACCUCCCACCUCCAAAAGAACAAAACACCUCCCACCUCCAGAAAGAACAAAACACCUCCCACCUCCAGAAAGAACAAAACACCUCCCACCUCCAGAAAGAACAAAACACCUCCCACCUCCAGAAAGAACAAAACACCUCCCACCUCCAGAAAGAACAAAACACCUCCCACCUCCAGAAAGAACAAAACACCUCCCACCUCCAGAAAGAACAAAACACCUCCCACCUCCAAAAGAACAAAACACCUCCCACCUCCAAAAGAACAAAACACCUCCCACCUCCAAAAGAACAAAACACCUCCCACCACCAAAAGAACAAAACACCUCCCACCUCCAAAAGAACAAAACACCUCCCACCUCCAAAAGAACAAAACACCUCCCACCUCCAAAAGAACAAAACACCUCCCACCUCCAGAAAGAACAAAACACCUCCCACCUCCAGAACGAACAAAACACCUCCCACCUCCAGAAAGAACAAAACACCUCCCACCUCCAGAAAGAACAAAACACCUCCCACCUCCAGAAAGAACAAAACACCUCCCACCUCCAAAAGAACAAAACACCUCCCACCUCCAAAAGAACAAAACACCUCCCACCUCCAAAAGAACAAAACACCUCCCACCUCCAAAAGAACAAAACACCUCCCACCUCCAAAAGAACAAAACACCUCCCACCUCAAAAAGAACAAAACACCUCCCACCUCAAAAAGAACAAAACACCUCCCACCUCCAGAAAGAACAAAACACCUCCCACCUCCAAAAGAACAAAACACCUCCCACCUCCAAAAGAACAAAACACAUCCCACCUCCAAAAGAACAAAACACAUCCCACCUCCAAAAGAACAAAACACAUCCCACCUCCAAAAGAACAAAACACAUCCCACCUCCAAAAGAACAAAACACAUCCCACCUCCAAAAGAACAAAACACCUCCCACCUCCAAAAGAACAAAACACAUCCCACCUCCAAAAGAACAAAACACAUCCCACCUCCAAAAGAACAAAACACCUCCCACCUCCAAAAGAACAAAACACAUCCCACCUCCAAAAGAACAAAACACAUCCCACCUCCAAAAGAACAAAACACAUCCCACCUCCAAAAGAACAAAACACCUCCCACCUCCAAAAGAACAAAAUGA